AUGACGUGGACUCAAACCUGCCAGGUAGGAUUUUCGUUGGGCACCCACUCUUCGUCCCACACUGUCGAUCCAGAGGACGUUUCGUUUUAUUUCGUCGGUUUAUGGAAGACUCUCAUGUUCAUUUUUCUGCAGCAUGGCGGAGCUGCUCCGCCGUUGUUGAUGCGAGACGCUCGCCGUGUCGCAAUUUCUCGUUUGUAUUUCCUUCCGAAAGGCUGCAGUGAUUGCGGGAGACUCGAUUUUUCUAUUACCCACCAACCAUCAGCUUCGAUUUUAGCUUCAGAUUUUUGUGCUGGUCGUUAUUUGUGCGAUUCCUUAGUGGUAAUGGCGGCAGACGAGGACGACGAUUACAUGGGUGACCUUGAGCGGUUUAUCCCCAAGGAGGAACUUCUCUAUUCAAAAUCAUCCUCACAGACAGGGAAGGGGAGAGGGGCUGGUGCACCUAAAGAAAAGGUGAAUUGGAAAGAGAAGCGGAAGUUGAAAGAGGUCCAGAAGGUGAAGAAAGAAGCAGAACAGCGGCAGGAGGGACUGGUUGCUGCCAUUCCUUCGUCCAAUAUUGGCUUCAAAAUGUUGCAGCAGAUGGGGUACAAACCAGGUAAUGCUCUGGGAAAGAGCGGUCAGGGAGCCACAGAGCCAAUUAGCGUAAAUGUGAAGGUCAAUAGAACAGGGUUGGGCAGAGACAGAGUUGUGGCAGAAGAAAAAGUUCUAAAAGCGAAGGUUAAGGCUCUCGUUCAGGAGAAGAAGCGAAAGAAAGUGGAUGAAUUGAGGGAAGGAUUUGAAGAAAGGAGGAGGGGAACCUGGCAGAGUCGGAAACUCAUAAGUGAUUACCGCAAGGCUUACACUGCUCUUUUGCAGCUUGAAGAGCAGUCUUCAGGUUCUGCAGAAGGUGUGUUGAAAGUGAACAUGCAGGAAGCAAAAGGUGCUGUAGAGAAAAAGGAAGAGAAAAAGAAGCAGAAGGAUGAGGAUGCUGAUGAGGAGGAGGAGGAGGAAGAGGAGGUUAUUACGGAAGAGAUGCUACAAGAAACCUUGGCUCGGUUACGUGAGGUUUUCAAUUACUGCCUAUAUUGCGGUUUUCAGUACGAAUCUCGAGAACAACUUCGAAAUGACUGUCCUGGCGUGGAAGAAGAUGCUCAUUGACGAGACUUCAUGUAGAAUCAUAGAAUCAGAAAGAACCUUGUGGAAGGCGUUCGAAGCUUCGCAUUAACCAUAUAUACAUAUAUAUCAUUUCUGACCCAUCGGCGUAAUCCUUUUUCUCUAUUUUAUCGUUGUUUUCCAUUUGCCAAUACUUGUGAAUGUUACAGCAUGCAGAAUAAGUAUUCUAAUUGUAUCUGUAUGAUUCCAAGUAGGAUUUCAUUUGUAAACAAUCUGCUGACCACGCACAUGUUUGAAAUCAAUUAUGUGUGUCUAGAUACUUAUGUAUUUUCGUUGAAGUUUUGAUAAUCGGCAAAUUUGCAUCUAUGAGUUGCAGUUAAGGGCCUAUUCGUUCUUACCUCAGUACGAGACAAGAGUCUAUUAUUCUAUGCCUUGAAUUUUGUGCGACCGACUCUCCAUAGAAGUUGAGGGGCAUGAAACGUAUACGAAAGCUAUUGCGGUUUGCAAGGUUCGUCUAAGUCUUGUUAAGUUGGGAAACCUCAACAAAGAAAUUUUCGUUUGGUUCCGUCAGCACUCGGAAUCAUUUCUCCUUAUUGUAUUGUUACCAUGGUACAGUACUUGACCUCACUCCUUGACGUCAACGUUUCUCUCGAUUUUGCCUCACUUUUCCAUACGAACUACGACCUCAAGAAGCAACUGGACAAGUAGAUGAAUUACCUUUUAAUGAAGGAAUUUUUUAGGUUCGCCAACCACAUCUGUAUGAGGUAGGGUUUCAGUUCUGUACCAGUAUCCUCAGUUAAGCUUCUGAAGCGAACACUUGAAACUUUUAACUGCUCAUAAUACCUUCCAUAAUAGAUGGUGCUUUCAUUUAAGAUA